CUCGUCCUUUCGUUCGUCCUCAGUGCAGGAUAACGAAGGCUGUGUUUCUCUGCCACCUUCUCAAAAAAGGAGUGUCUAGUUUAGGUUGAAUUUAAGUUAGCUUGGCUUUUGGUGUCUUUGCAGUUACGCGACCGAGUUAAGAGGAUCACCGGAUUUUGUGUGAAGCUUUUACGAGCAGUCGUUUGGACAAUCAUCAUCAUUGCUGACUAUGGAUGUGGUAGUGCGCCGCUGUCCUUUCCUCUCCCGUGUGCCCCAAGCCUUCUUCCAACAGGCCAGAAAGUCUCUGGUCAUGUAUGCGCAGCGAUGCCCUGUUAUGAUGGACCUGGCCUCUAAGCCUUUGGCCCCAUCCCUGGUCCGAGCCCUCUGCUCCUCCACCUCCCACCAGAAGACCGAGGAUUCCCUGUCUGCUAGUGAAGCCCCGAAACAGGAAGAGAAGCCCAAGCUGCCCCCGGGCCACCCUAUGCCGCCCUCUGGACAGGUUGCUGCCUCCAAAUGCCCCUUCUUGGCUGCUGAAAUGGGCCAGAAGAAUAGUGGUGUGGUCCGCCAGGUUAGCAUGGAGCUCCAAGAGGAUGUUCAGGAAGUUCGCACUGUCCAGAAAGAUGUGUCCCCUGCCCAGUUGAAGCAGUCCCCCUUGGCUAGUACCACCCAGAUGGGUGACGGCGACCAAGCCAAUCUGAUGAAGAGUCUGCUGAAACAGCGGCCAAAAAGGGUCUCCCACUUGCUGCAGCACAACUUGCCAAGCAGCUUGUCCAACUUUCAAUACGAUGAUUUUUUUGAGAAGAAGAUAGAAGAGAAGAAGAGCGACCACACCUACCGCGUGUUUAAGACAGUGAAUCGCUUGGCCAGCGAGUUUCCCAUGGCUGACGACUACACAGACUCUCUAGAAGACAAGAGGGAGGUGUCUGUGUGGUGCAGCAAUGACUACCUGGGCAUGAGUCGACACCCACGGGUUGUGCAGUCCAUCAUGGAUACUUUACGAAAGCAUGGCUCGGGGGCGGGAGGCACCAGGAACAUCUCGGGGACCAGUAAGUUCCAUGUGGAGCUGGAGCAGGAAUUGGCCGAUCUCCAUGGGAAGGACGCCGCACUUCUCUUCACCUCCUGCUUUGUUGCCAAUGACUCCACCCUCUUCACCCUCGCCAAGAUGUUGCCUGGUUGUGAGAUUUAUUCAGAUGCAGGGAACCACGCCUCAAUGAUCCAGGGUAUCAGGAACAGCGGUGCCAAGAAAUUUAUUUUCCGUCACAACGAUGUGGCCCACCUCCGAGAGCUCCUGCAGAAGGGCGAUCCCACGAAGCCGAAGAUAGUGGCCUUUGAGACUGUCCAUUCCAUGGAUGGUGCUGUGUGUCCAUUGGAGGAGAUGUGCGAUGUGGCCCAUGAGUUUGGAGCCAUCACCUUUGUCGAUGAGGUUCACGCCGUGGGGCUGUAUGGCACCAGGGGAGGAGGCAUCGGAGACAGGGAUGGCGUCAUGCACAAGAUGGACAUUAUAUCAGGGACUCUAGGCAAGGCCUUUGGCUGUGUGGGUGGCUAUAUAGCUAGUACCGCCGCCCUGGUGGACACGGUGCGGUCCUACGCUGCUGGUUUCAUCUUCACCACUUCGCUGCCACCGAUGCUGCUAGCCGGGGCCAGGCAGUCAGUCCAGGCUUUGAAAGGGGAGGAGGGUCGUGCACUGAGACGCAAACACCAGCGCAACGUCAAGCUGCUGAGACAGAUGCUGAUGGACUCAGGGUUGCCGGUGGUGCACUGCCCCAGCCACAUCAUCCCUGUCCGGGUGUCAAAUGCAGAGAAGAACACAGAGGUGUGUGACAUCAUGAUGAGUCGCUAUAACAUCUACGUGCAGGCCAUCAACUACCCCACUGUUGCCAGGGGAGAAGAGCUGCUGCGCAUCGCCCCCACGCCUCACCACACCCCUCAGAUGAUGCAAUAUUUUGUUGAGAGGCUGGUGCAGACGUGGAAGGAGGUGGGCCUGGAGCUCAAGCCCCACUCCUCAGCCGAGUGCACCUUCUGCCAGCAGCCGCUGCAUUUUGAGCUGAUGAGCGAGCGGGAAAAGUCUUACUUCAGCGGGCUCAGCCACCCCAUCUCAGCCUGCGCAUAACACUACUCACUAUAGCUGGCAGGAGACCUAACACAUACACUGAACAUCCAUUCCUCUGUCACUGUCAUAGAAUGUAUUACCGUCUUUGAUAAGUCUCGUAAAGAUAUGCUAUUUAAAAUAUUCUAUGUCCAGAUAUUCUAUAAGCUCAAAAUAAAAUCUAGAUGAAACAUAA